AUGGCAAACAGAGGUAAUGACAUCACUUACCAGGCCGGUGAACUAACCGGUCAAGUUCAGGCCAAGAAGGAUGAUCUUUUAAACCAGUGCCAGGAAGGUUGUAACCAAUCCACUGAAGACAGUUCCUACACUGCCCAAGCUUCCAACUUUAUUCAUCAGGCAAUAUUGCCUAUAACUUCUUUGUUUUGUUUUCUACUUUCACACACAGGAGAGCAAGUGAAGAACAUGGCCCAAGGAGCAGCUGAGGCAGUGAAGAACACUCUGGGGAUGAACACAGAGAACACUCCCACAGACAAUACUAGCAGCAUCAACCGCCCAAUCAACCCAAGCAAUCCAAGCAACCCAUCUACUAGGAUUUGA